UCUAAAACUGAUAUUCCUUUCCGUUUUUUUUCUCCUUUUGAUUCUGAAAGAUGAGCACCGCUUGUGCUGAGCAACAACAUAAGUUCAUGGCUUCUCACAAAGUUCUGCCUUUGAGAGAGAUUGAGAUUCCUCCGAGGAAGCUUCUAUUUUCACAUAAUCACGUCCAAGAAAACGCCGCCAUGCAACUUUCUCCCUACGAAGCUAUCCUGGAGAAAUAUCUUCUUUCCAACAGGAAUUAUAAUGGUGAAGAUGAAGAGAAUGAUGCCGAUCCUUAUGCGGCUGACCAUUUCCGCAUGUAUGAAUUCAAGGUGAGGAAGUGUACGAGGAACAGGAGCCACGAUUGGACCGACUGUCCCUUCGCUCAUCCCGGAGAGAUGGCCCGUCGUCGUGACCCUCGCCGCUACCGCUACUCCUCCACCGUAUGCUCAGACUUCCGUCGUGGCGGCGGAUGCCCUCGUGGGGAUGAUUGUGAUUUCGCGCACGGGGUGUUCGAGUGCUGGCUGCACCCUACCCGUUACAGGACCGAAGCCUGUAAGGAUGGGAAGGACUGUAAGCGCAAGGUUUGCUUCUUCGCUCACUCUUCUCGUGAGCUACGUCUCUUGCCUGCCGAAGCAUCUCCCAAGUACAAGAAUUCAGGCUCUUGCAGCUGUUCACCGUUGAGCAGGAAUACCCAUUGCUGCUUGUUUUGUCACUCUGCUACCUCGUCUCCCACGAGCACUCUGUUGGGUUUGUCUCAUUUAUCAAGAUCACCAUCUUCAUCACCGCCAUUGUCUCCUGUGAAGAACGGGUUUUCACCCUUUCUUAGGUACAGCGAUCAGCCGAGUAAGCUCGGAACUAAAACCAUGAGUUACCGGCACGUGCUUAACGAGCUGAUGAGCUCUAUGGAGAAGAUGAAUUUCUAUGAAGCCUCUUCACCAAUGACUGGCCGGAACAACAACCCCACUAUAACAAACAUUCCCUGGCUUGAUCUUCCUCUCAUAGGAGAAGACCAGAGCCCGAUACAGUUUGCUCUAUCUCCUUCCUGGCCAAGUCCAUCUGCCUCGGGACAACAUUUUGGUGCAACCUCAAAACCCUUUGGCGGUGAUGAUGAGAAGCGCAAUGAAAAUGGCUUGGGAUGUGAUUCUGAUCCCGAUCUUGGGUGGGUGAAUGAGCUGUUGAUUUAGAGAGGA